AUGGCGGCCGCACCGACAGAGAAGAAAAAGGCAAGCGCAAUGCGCUCCAUCCUGGCUGGUGCAAGCGCAGGAGCCGUGGAAAUCUCAAUCACAUACCCUGCUGAGUUCGCGAAAACACGAUCGCAACUCAACCGAAGAUUGCCAGACGGAAAGAAGCUGCCAUGGCCGCCGUUCGGCAAGCAGUGGUACGCUGGAUGCACAACCUUGAUCAUUGGCAACUCGUUGAAGGCUGGCAUAAGAUUUGUCGCAUUCGACAUGUACAAGAACAUGCUGGCGGACGCUGAAGGCAAAGUCUCCGGUCCAGCGACAGUAAUAGCUGGAUUCGGUGCAGGAGCUACAGAGUCUCUGCUGGCUGUCACACCAUUCGAGAGUAUAAAGACACAACUUAUCGACGACCGCAAGUCGGCAAACCCACGCAUGCGAGGCUUCUUACAUGGGUCAAAGAUAAUCGCACAAGAAAAGGGUAUCCGUGGGUUCUUCCAGGGUUUCCUCCCAACCACAGCACGUCAAGCCGCCAACUCAGCUGUUCGUUUUUCGAGUUACACAUCGCUCAAGCAACUAGCCCAGUCAUACGUCAAACCAGGCGAGAAGCUCGGCGCCGUCAGUACAUUCGGACUCGGAGGCCUGGCUGGCAUAAUCACUGUCUACACGACGAUGCCUAUUGACACAGUCAAGACACGCAUGCAAUCAAUAGAGGCACGGAGCGCCUACAAGAACAGCUUCGACUGUGCGGCAAAGAUUUUCAGGGAUGAGGGUCUCUUCACCUUCUGGUCGGGAGCGCUUCCAAGAUUGGGUCGACUGAUCCUCAGUGGUGCUCUUCCCAAAUCCGACAUGGACUCAAACGGCUUCCGCACAGCACUUGAUGCCGCCACUAGCUUCCUAGAUACCCCACUCUUCACGGUGUCUGUCGGUUCUGAGGUGGGAAACACAAAAGACUUCAGCGUCCACGAAGGUCUACUCAAAGACCAUUCUGCAUUCUUCAACAACGCCCUAAAACCCAAUCGUUUCAAAGAGGGCUUUGAGCGCCGAAUAUCCAUGCCAGGGGACGAUUCCAAAGUCUUUGCGCUUUACGUUCAGCUACUCUAUCGUCCUGACCUGUUGUCCACCGAAAUAAAACGAAACAGCGAGCUCUCCGAGCAAGAGUGUAUUCUCUUAGCUGAGCUAUACGUGUUCGUGGGAAAGAUAAUGGACGAGUCCACCAAAAGCAUCUUGUUAGAAGCCUUUAAGAUUGUCUCAUGGGAAGGCCCGUUACCCAUUACGGCAGCACAAAUCAUUUACAGUGGGACACCAGAGCACGACCCUGCUCGUGCCAUAUUUGUACAAUCAUUCUUCCGCUACGGCCAACAACAGUCGCUUGAAAGUAUCCUCGACGCUGGACAUCCCGAUCUCUUUCGCGAUAUUGCUUUCUCCUUGAGUAAGCGCUGCCAUAAGGCACAUGACAAGGUCAAGGUUGGUCGCAAAACCGUUCUUGGAAAGAGAAGCAAUGCCCCAUCUUCACUUUCUAUAGUGAGCCACGCACUACGUCAACACGAUACAGUCAUGCCUCCAGUUGUCUUCAUAUCGACCUUGGAUGAGCUUGCUUCGAUGCUGGCAGCCCUUCAGGACUUACCAAAAUCGCCACCAAACCUGUACAUCGAUCUCGAAGGCAGAAACCUUUGUCGAAACGGUACGAUUGCUCUGAUGACCUUGCACGUACCAUCCAAGGACAAGAUUUACCUCGUCGACAUCCAUACCUUGGGUGCUCGUGCAUUCUCAACGCCUGCCACAGCACCCCUUCCCAAUACUGCUCUCGACACCACAGAAACCGUGGGGGACCCAGCCACGACACUGAAGGCUCUGCUUGAAUCCUCCACUAUACCCAAGGUUUUCUUCGACGUACGUAACGACUCAGACGCCCUCUUCGCCCAUUACGGCAUCAACCUCUCCUGCAUCCACGACCUUCAACUCAUGGAACUCGCAACAACGACGCGUGGCUCUCGUCAAUAUCUCGUCGGUCUCGGUAAGGUCAUUGAAUACAAUACCUCACGCUUGUUCAUUACACCUACUCAAGCGCAGUUCUCAAAAAAGACGAAAGAGGCUGGCCUCAAGCUUUUUGCCCCAGAGCACGGUGGCAAUUACAAAGUCUUCGAGGAAAGGCCGUUGAGCAAGGCGAUCAAGGAUUAUUGUGUGCAGGAUGUGGUUCAUAUGCCUCAAAUUUGGAACUUGUAUAACGCAAAAAUGGAAGAUGGUGGAUUCUGGCAAACUAUGGCUUUGGAGGCUGCAGCGCGUAGGGUGGAAGAGAGUCACCAGAUGGGAUAUCAACCAAAUGGGCCGCGUAAGAGGUUUGGAUGCUGGGAUUCGGCACAGAUUAUAGAAGCACAGCAACGUUGGAACGGUGGACAACGUGCAAAUCUGUGUGGUUGGUGUCUUUCCACCCCACUCUACGGUACACGUUCCAAAGAUGCGUCAAAGGUCUACGAUGUGGUUUCUUACAGCAUGCCUUACGACAAUGACAAUGUCGAAGAGCCACCAUCACAGCUAAGCUUCGGUGUAGCAAUAAUCCUCUACACAGGGCCUCCAGCAUCACCCUUCACAUCUUGGACACUAAUCAGCCAUGUGGAGAAUCAACCCGAUAUAAUCAUUGGGGCAAAUCGUUUGUUGGCGGAUUUGAGGAGGGGGAUGGGUCGAGUUAUUGGUGUUUGUAUGCAGACGGGUAAUUGGACGACAUCACAUGGGAGAAUUCCCAAUGUCGUUCCGGGAGUGGGCGAAGUAGAGCUAAAGGGGUGUGAGCAUGAAGAGGACUACGAAGAAGAUCAAGACAAUAUCGAACAGGACAACGAAGACGGUAAGAGAGACGAUGAGAGCGACGAAUUGGAGGACACCGGCAAGGGCGGCUGGAGCCCGCGAUUGGAGUCUAUCACAGAAGAGAUAUAG